AGAACACGUACCUUAAUUAAUUUCGAGAAAAGAAACGGAUACAGUCAGCAGGCCCAUUUCCAAAAAAGUGACUCGAUGUGCUGAUACAGUCCGCCACGAAAAAAAGAACACCACCCAGAAAGAAAAAGAUGCAUAUUGAAGUGCAAGUCGCGCUGAACUUUGUGAUAUCGUACCUGUACAACAAACUACCCAGGCGGAGGGUGAAUAUCUUCGGCGAGGAACUGGAGAAAGCGUUGAAAGACAAAUUCCAGGGGCACUGGUACCCCGAGAAGCCCUUCAAGGGCUCAGCGUUCAGGUGCCUGAAGACGGGCUCUCCCGUGGACAAGGUUCUAGAACGCGCCGCCGUGGAGAGCGGCGUGCCCAUCGCCGACGUGCUCGAGCACCUGCCCCAGGAGCUGGCCGUGUGGGUGGAUCCGGGCGAGGUGAGCUACCGCAUCGGCGAGAAGGGGCAGGUCAAGGUGCUGUUCGGAGGCGGCAACAACAAGGGGGACGCGCACGACGAGAGGAGCGCCGAUAGAGAGGUGACGAAGACCUUCAACCCGGAAGCGCAAUGCUUCAGGCCCAUCGAGUGCGUCUCCUCCACCCUCUCCGCCCUCAGCCUCUCCCCCAAGCCCGUGCCCCCUUAUCCCCACCCCCACUCGCACCCCCCGGCAGCGCAGCCCCCCGCGGCGCCCCCCGGCCGCCGCCCUGCCUCGCCCGCCCCCUCCCCCACCCUCUCGGGCUUCGGGAAGGGGUCGCCGGGGUCGCCCUCGCCCGUGCCGCCCUUCCUGCCCAGGUCUGCCCAGCCGUUGACCUUCACCACGGCCACGUUCGCGCAGACGAAGUUUGGGAGUACGAAGCUGAAGACGAGCAGCAAAAGGGCCAAUCGCAUGUCCCCGACGGAGUUCUCCAACUACAUCAAGCAGCGCGCCAUGCAGCAACAGGUGCAUCCGCCAGCGCACCACUCCCCCGCAGGCCGCGCCCUCUCGCCCGACCCCUCCGCCUACUACUUCCCGCCCUACGCUCCGCCCUUCGCGCAGCGCCCAGCUUUCGAGACACGCCCCUACGAGCCACGCCCCGCGUUUGACUCCGCCUCCGCGGGGCAGUUCCUCGGUCCGGACGCGUAUCAGGCGGCAGGCAAGCCGGCUCUCGAUGCGCAUGCGCAGUACUAUCCGAGCGGUGGGCAGGGUAUGGGCGGGCCGCCAGCCGCCCCUGUGGGACAGCAGGAUAAACUGUUGGACGGCGGCUGGCCGUACCCGAGUGCGGGGCAGUACCAGCAUUUGUUGGUGGCUAAUUGAGGGGUUAAAGGGUAGAGGGUUCUUCUGGGGUUUUUGAGGGGGGUUGGGGGAUGAUGUGGGGGGAGAGCUGAGCACGCUAAACAACCGGGAGGCUUUCUUGGACUUUUGAUUCGAUCAGGAGGCUUUCGGUUAUAGUUUGUGUAUUUUUGAUGAUUACCGAUGCGCAGGAGUACUGGUGUUCGAAUCUUACUUCCAUUUUUCAUUACUUCUCUUCGAAUGAGUUCUCAGAAAAACCACCAUAGCUAGAAUUGUUUUGAUAGGUCUAAAUAAUAUAGACGUAGUUCUUUGAAUAAUUUUUUCUUGGACUGAUGGAGUUCUUUCGACUCAUUCUUGUUUUACCCUAUAUUUUCUUCUUUAAGAAGUUGUCGCUACUUAUUUUGAUGAUGUCCUGCUUAUGACUUCUUGGUUCCCUUAAUAGGUAUAUCUUGUAUAUGUAGCAAUCUAAUCAUCAAUCAUCAAUUCUUCGAGGAAACAAAACAUAACUUUUCCAAAAUUCAUUCGACAUAAUAACACACACGUUUUUUUUCUUCAAAUUAUCAAAGAUUGUAUGAGUGAACGACGUAUGGUGCAACACACAUCACACAAGAAUCUAUCUAAUAUGACUUGUUAAAUUUGUUAGUGAUAAAGUAAAUGGCAUUAAUUUUCAAUCAAGGAAAAACAAAAUUAUCUAGUUCUUCGAAUUGUAUCUGGUAUUUACUAUUUAUUCAAGGUAAAGCAUUCCAUCCGACCGAAUUUAGAUAAAAAACCUUUCCAAUGGAAUCCUGAUUUCAUCCAUUGAUUUGUUCUCAUAUUUUCAUCGAAUGAACGAGUAUAAAAUUAUAUAUAUCAAAUUUGAAGGUCUCGUGGUAAUAUUUUGAUAUACCAUCACCUAAAAAACCCAACAUCUAGAUACAUCACAAUAAAUCAUAAUGUCAAAUAUUGCAAUCAUAGAAAUAUGCAAUAAACACUCAUGGGAAGUGAGAGAAGGAAUACAUCACGCGGUGGAUGAUAUAUUUUAUCAAAAUACCAGAUGUAAUAAUGAAAACAAAAAAAAUGAUUCAAAUAUACCAUCAAAAACAAAACAACAUCAAAAUAAGAACAGCUGAGUAUAUUUAUUCACUUCACAAGGGUGUGUAAACUGGAGAUAAAUACAAUCAGUUUGAGUUGGCAAUUCACCCACUUACAGUAGGUAAUGAUAAUUAGUCGCUAUGUUUUCUUUUUCCUUAUUUUCAUGUUGGUUUUUUCAAUGGAAGUCUGAGUUCUGAGAGAAUGUUCAUUGUUUCAAUGCCUCCUGGAUGUUGUAAGUGCUCAGUAUCUCUUGGUUAUGGUAAUAACUUCCCCACUAACACUUUUUCCUCUCGUAUUUUAGUUGUUUUAUGUAAGUGACAAAUCAAGUCAUUACAAGAGCAAAAGAUAUCUAUGAAAAAAGUGUACCUUCUAGCACCAUGAAGGCGUCGAUAAUGUUUAGUAGAAUUUGGUAUGAUUACAAUCAUAUUUAUAUCAAGUUCAACAGUUUUGUUAAGUUCCUAUCUCUCCUUGAAAUGAAGUUGCUGUGAAAUUAUCAAGCAAUGCAUUAGAUGAAUUGUAAAUAGGUUAUAGACAAUGUAGACUUAAGUUAUGGCAAGAAUGUGUUCAGUUUCCAGUUAGUGUGAGUGUCCAAGAAUUCUAGGUACCAUUCGAUUAUCACUAAAUAGUGAAAUUGAAAACCUCCUGAAAUCUGAACAUAUAUCUUCGAUUUAUGUAAUGAAGAUAUCACUUCAAUGAUUUCAAUAUUCAUUGGUUGAAUGAUCUCUCUAAAAUAUUGAAUGAUUCGUGAAUAUAUAUUCUAUUGUUAAAAUAAUUUUAACCCUACUCUUCGUCACACUAUUUUAUAUUUUUGAUAUUUGCAUGAUAAUAACCUUUAUCUAUCAUCGAUUCACGUGAAUUGUUUUUCCAUUUCCUAGAUGGAUGUAUUAUUCAAACAAAUAUGGAAUUGAUUUUCUCUUGUAAUGGAUUAUACUUUGAAUGCAAAUGUUGCUCGUGAAACAACAGAAUGUGACUGGAAAAGUGUGGAACUAUUAUACAAGGUGGGGACUUCAACUGGAAUGAAUUCGCUAACGGGAAGGUGCAUAUUUUUCAUUCGCUUCCCCCCGUAGGUAAUUUAAUCCAGUUGAUGUAUCCACCUUGUACAGAGAUUCGGUCAUUAUUGCAUGACUAUAAAAAGAUCCCAGCUUGAUAUAACAUUAGAUUUUUUUAUAAAUCGUAGUCAUAUAGAUUGUAGAUGUUUCUUACUUUACAUAACGGUGUUUACAGUAUUCUUGUAGUGUAGAGUGUUUCCUAAAUUUUUUAUAUUGUAUGUAUUUUUUUAUUUUUGUAUGAAAAGCUCAAGCUGUCAUCUAGUCCCAUAAAACGAUAAAUGUUUAUAAUAAGUGUUGGCAUAUCAUAUUGGGUCUACAAAACCAAAAAUUAUUAUAAUAUUCGAUCAAACCCCGUCGACACAAACUCGCAGCUUUGUGAGGAAUAGUUCUUCCUAGAAUAUGCAAUAAUGUUGAUCUGUUCUAAAGGUACUGAAUUUGUGAUAUACUGUAGUCAUAACGUCAUAGGAACUGUAAUGUAACCAAACAAGUACAUAGCCUGCAUUGGGGGUACACCCCGUAAGUAUUUACGUGAAUACGUGUUAGGUGGAACCAUAGAUUAAAUUUAACUUAUGGUGAAACCAAGGGUUGAUUUUCUAGUUUCAUGGCGCAUCUACAGGGUGUUUCGAAAUUCGACCGACAACGUUUGACAGGUGAUAGCCCUCGUGAUUUCAUAAUCAUUGAGAUAGGAACAUUCGGUCUUCAAGUGUUCAGUUCUCGAGAUACAGGGCGUUGAAGUUGAGAAAUGAAAAUAGUUGUUUCGCAAUAUCUCAAGAAUAAUUGAAUAUAAUGCAUUCAACUUCGGUAUAUGGUUUCAUCUUUGAAUGGGCCAUUUUUUGACCUGGAAGCCAUUCCGGACAUUUUGUCCAGUGGUGCCCUACAGGGGGUUGUGGCAUUUUUUCCUUCCAUAUUUUCUACGCCACUGAUUGAAUUUCGAUUAUUUCCAAUUCCUCGAAUUCAUUGUUCAAUUUUGUUCAGAAAAUGCAUCACCUUCAACUGAGCUGAAAUAAACAGUUUUCGAGAUAUUCGACCCAAAAUAGAAGAUUGCAUAGUAAUAUUUCAUCAUUUUCAGUAGUAGAAAAUUGCAAAAAUAUUUUUCUGGUGUUGAGUAGAUUAGAUACUAUUCAGAUCUCAUGCUAUAGCUGAACAGAAAUAGUUAUUCCACGCAUAAAGAGAGAACAAAAAUGUUCGUAAUUUUCUAAUACUGAGGAAGAUGAAAAAUUACUAUGCAAACUUCUAUUUUGAGUCAAAUAUCUCGAUAACUGUUCAUUUUAGCUUAGUUGAAGGUGAUGCACUUUUUCAACAUAAUUGAACAAUCAAUUCGAGAAAUUAGAAAUAAUUGAAAUUUCAUCAGUGGCGUAGAAAAUAUGUGCGGAAAAGUUAUCACAACCGUCUGUAGCGCACCUCUGGAUAAAAUUCUCGGAAUGUCUUUCUGGUCAAAAAAUUAACCAUUGGAAGAUCAAAACAUAUACCGAAUUUGAAUGCAUUUAAUUCAAUUUUUCAUGAGAUAUCGAGAAAAAACUAUUUUAAUUUCUCAACUUCAACGCCCUAUAUCUCGAGAACUGAACACUUCAAGACCGUCUGUCCCUAUCUCAGUGAUUAUGAAAUCACGAGGGCUAUCACCUGUCAAGCGUUGUCGGUCGAAUUUCGAAACACCCUGUAUAUAUUCUUAUGUAGAUAACCAUUUCAAACGUUCUUAUUGACAAUAGUAUCCUUAUUAUAUCUCCAUCGGUUUCUACUCGUAGCACUGGCUCUAACUUUUGCCGCACUUAAUGUUCUUUGUCUUUAUUUUUCAUAAUGUGAUUGAUCAAGAAUAAUAGAUGUACACUGCGUAUCUAUACAUAACUUCAGUCCAGUGGAAUACAGUAUAAAUUAAUUGACUGAUGAGGAAGUACAUUUCUAAUUAGGUACCUCAAAGGAAUAACAGGAUGUUUCAGUUUUGAUCUGCCACGCAAAAGGUUCGUUUGUAGAGAUGAGAAGACAUAUAAAUUGAAUUUGCAGUGGUUUUCGGAAAUAAAAUACAGUAUACCUGCCUUUAGUACACUAUUCUUCAGAUUUGUUUUUUAAAUUAACUACCUUUGUUAAAAUUUACUCCCAAAUUGUUCACACUAUAACUUUUUCAAUCCUUGUCAGAUUUUUGUGAAAUUCAGAGAAAAUCGUAGAUCCAUGUUCCAGAAUGUUAGCCUGAAUAUUAGUUCUCCUGAAAAGCUGAUGACUUGAUCAUUAUACAGGGGAAAACCAAAGUUACUCUUUCACCCAAUACUUCUCAACGCCCUGUGGCAAAAUUGCGUGAUUGAACAUGGCUUCAUUAUGCUUCGGAUUGAAGUGUGAUGCCUUCUUAAAACAAAAGUUUGUGAUUCACGUCAAUAUCUUAUUUUUAAAGGAAGAUACGAGUGUUUUAAGGAAGUAUGGUGUUUUUCAACUUCUUUUACCAAUUAUCAGAACUUACAUGAACUUAUUGAUUAACAACUUCAAGAAUUAAUAUCACCUAUUUCUACCUCACUUUCUUAGCACUUACCGGAAAAUCGAUUACAAAGAACAAACAAGAAGCAGACCUGUAGUCAAUGACGAGUAUGCUCUCCUCGAUAUUAAAUUACAGCAUUCCACCGCAGAGGCAUCGAAUUGAUCAAAUUAAUCAAAAGUAACCUUGAAGAAUUGCCUAAAAUCCUCCUUGAAGGGGGAAUCGUAGCUUUUGAAGAGUAUCUGACAAGGCUGGGCGAAGGCGAUAAUGAGCCUCUAGAGGUUACCCCUGAGAUAGGUAGAAUAGAGGUUCUGAAUUAUUGAUAUUGAAAAUUUCUUGAAACACUUGUAUCUUCUCUCAAAAAGGAGAUAUUGACGUUAUCCAAGAACCGUUGUAUGAAGAAGGGACAAAAGAGGGUCACACUUGAAUUCAAAACAUGAAGCAUUGACGCUCUAACCACGAGGCUACGCUGGCCUGCCUAUUGUAAAUAUAAAUUUUAAAAAUCCAUACUCUCCUGAAACACUUGUAUCUUCCUUUAAAAAGUGUUUAUCGACGUGAAUAAAAAACCAUCAUAUAGAGAAGACAUCACUCUUCAAUCUCAAACAUGAUGAAGCUUAGUUAAACCAUUCAACGUUCCCACAGGGCGUUACGAAGUUAAGGAUGCUGAAAAAGUAUUUUUCGUUUUUCCCUGUAUAAUGAUCGGGUCAUCAGACUUUCCUAGGAACUAAUAUUCAGGCUAACAUUUGGGAACCUGAAUCUACGAUUUGGUCGAAAUUUUACCAAAAUCGGACAAGAAUUGAAAAAGUUACAGAGCAAACAAUCUGGCUAAAUUAUUUAGUGGCCGGUUUUUUUUGCUGGUGAGUGUAUAUAAUCACCCACUUCAUUUACGAUUACCACUGUUAACCGAAAUUAUUUCAAUAAGGUCUUAAGAAAUUCAUACUCUGAUUUUCAGAGAUGCAUCUAAAAUAGGAGAUGUAAGAUAUAGUUAUUGAAACAUAUAAUGUUUUCUACAAAUGUUAUGAAACGAAUUUUGUGUGAUUUUUUAUUGAAAACUCCAGUAACGUUGCAUAGCAACUGAAAAAAUACCGUUUAUAUGUGCUAUAUCGGAAUUUUUCUUAAUUUGGUGAAUUCUGUGAUCUCCAGCGAUUGUUGACAGAUUAAAACUGGAACAAUCUGUACGAGUACCCUUCAGAAGACGUAUUCACGUAAAAAAUGGUAGUUUGUUGGGAGGUUUGUGUAGACGCGGCUUUUGGCAUUCAGUAUUGCAUGAUUAUUGCAACCCAUUGGGUCAUAUAGAUGCUUCCUCUUCUCUUCUAAAAGAGAUAAAGUGCUAUUUUUUACUGCUUGAUUUUUGUUACUUUUUCACUGAUGUUUAUUUUUUGUUUGUAUAAAAUUGUUGACUUAAUAUUAAUAUAUAUUUUGUUAUGAGCCAAUAGUUUGAUUGCACUUCGUUAUUUUUAUGCGUACCUGAACUUGUUACUAUAUCAUUACAUAAAUCAAUUGCUAUCAUACUAGCUAAUUUGUUAUCCAAUGUAAUUACAAAUAUUUUCAACGAAAAAUCAAAAUUCUACUCUUGAAACGCUUAGUCCAACACAAAUUUACUUCUGCGAGUUCAGACUUCUAUAGUGAGCAGUAGGCAUUCAAUGUGUCUAAAAAUCGGCCUUCUCUAGAUUUUCCAAAGGUUUUUAGGUAUGUUACCUACCUCAAAGACUGCUUCCCUGAAAUUGUAGAAUGUAAAGUGUGGUUGUUUGAUAUAUGAAAAACAAGGAAACUUACCUGAAAUUUUCAGAAAAUGUGAUUGAUGCUUUACAAUAUCACUCAGAGUGAUACAAAUUGAACAGUGAUAUUUGUGCAAAUAACUGAAGUACAGAUCAGGAAGUAGUUCAAAACUACUCCACCACUGCAUGUGUUUGAUGCAUGUUACUUGCAAAGAAAUCAUUUUAGUGUGGAAUCUCACAAAAGUUCAGUAGAUAGAUAAUAUUGGUCAUUUAGCAAUUGAAUAUGAUGACUGUAGAAACGUGUUAUGUGUUGUUAUUCGAUUUCAAAUAUCUUUUUGUGCUAUUCCGAAUUAUUAUAUAUUGAACUA